AUGGCGGAUGCUCCAAGAGAACUCACACCACCCAUCGUCCAGGGACAGACCGCAAAAGAGAAAAAGUAUGACCGCCAGCUCCGUCUCUGGGCAGCCUCUGGCCAGCGUGCGUUAGAAGAAUCACACGUGCUCCUGAUUAUUGGCUCAGAAUCUAUUGGGUCCAACAGCAGCGCCGCUGGAGUCGAGACAUUGAAGAAUUUAAUUCUACCCGGUAUCGGCCAAUUCACCAUCGCCGAUUCAGAAACAGUGAAGGAAGCCGAUCUGGGUGUCAACUUCUUCUUGGAGCCAGACAGCCUGAACAAGUCCAGGGCAGAAGCAACCACACGCUUGCUACUAGAGUUAAAUCCUGAUGUUUCGGGCCAUGCCAUCACUUCGCCCUUGUCUGAAUGGCUGCCUCUCGAAGAUUCGUUGAGACCGUUCAAUCUCAUUCUUCUAUCUGCACCGAUACCAACAGAAACUCUUCAAUGGCUUGCAUCAUAUGCUCACGCAAACUCAUUACCACUCAUAUAUAUCCAGUCGGCUGGAUUCUAUGCCUGCUUCUCUAUUCAGCUCCCUUCUGAAUUCCCCAUUGUCGACACCCAUCCCGAUCCCGAAACGAUGCAGGACCUCCGCCUUCUCGCACCGUGGCCCGAACUGGAGGCAACAGUGGAUGCACUUGGCGACAUUGCGAAACUCCGUGACCACGACCAUGGGCACAUUCCCUACAUUCUCCUCCUGCUCUACUACCUUCGAGAAUGGAAAACCAGUCACGACAACUCCUACCCCUCAACCUUCAAAGAAAAGACCGAAUUCCGCGAUCUCGUCCGGUCCGGCACACGAACUAACAAUCCCGAAGGUGGCGAGGAGAACUACGAAGAAGCCACAGCCGCUGUUCUGAAAAGUAUCGCGCCACCCCCAAUAGGAAGCGGCUGUAAAGAUCUCUUCUCCAUGGCUCAAACUACUGAGCUGGGCCCCAGUUCAUCGAACUUCUGGAUCAUAGCGCACGCUAUCAAGGUCUUUUACGAUGCUCACGGCGUACUACCUCUACCGGGCUCUUUACCCGACAUGAAAGCCACGAGCGAAGAGUACAUCAAACUCCAAAACCUCUACAAAAGCAAAGCACGCUCGGACAUUGCCGAGGUGAAGCAGACGGUACAACAGCUACUUGAGACAAAGCUCGACAAGGCCACCACCUCGCCCAUACCAGAUGUCGAGAUCGACUCAUUCUGCAAAAACGCCUCGCAGGUCCGCGUCCUGACAAACCCAGAUGGCACACUCAUACCCUCACUUCGCAUGAUGAAAUCAGAUCCAAAACUCCUCGCAACUCUCCCUUCCAUCGUCGAAAACGAUUGGGAAGGCCUCUUUCCUGUCUUUCUCGCAUUGAACACAAAUACUGGCUCCUCCUCAUCCGAUAUCGACCCAUCAACCUUGUCCUCCGACCCCGAAAAACAGGAGAAUCUCACCAAGGCGGUUAACGAAGCCCAGCGCGUAGCUGGAGGCGAGCUGCACAACGUCUCUAGCGUGCUAGGCGGCAUGGUCGCGCAGGAGGCCAUCAAACUGCUUACGCGUCAGUAUGUCCCUGUCGAUGGAACAUGCGUUUUUGACGGUGUGAGGAGUAAGGUGGGCGUUUUCAAGCUGUGA